AUGGACGGCCCCUCCAUCAUCAAGGAGCAUGCCAAAGCCAUCAUCGAUGCUAUCCGCAGAACUGCCCCGAACGAUGUGAGCUCCUCCCUCAGGCUCUCUGCCCCUCGUCCAAGUGAGCCCCGCUCUAACCUUGCCCGCCUGUCCGCCCAGUGGAAAGUCCUCGUGGUCGACGAAACAGCAAAGAGGAUCAUUAACAGUUCGGUCGUCGAAGAUGAAAUUCUCAGUCACAAUAUUGCCAACAUCGAGCGAAUCGAGGAGCGGAGGGAGAUGAAUCCAGACAUGGACGCCAUAUACAUCCUCACACCACAACCACACAUUGUCGAUUGUCUUCUCGCCGACUUUGAGCGCCGCAGGUACAGGAGGGCCUUCAUCAUUUGGACUGGUUCAGUGCCGGAUCCCCUGCAACGGCGCCUGGAUGGCGCCCGGAGGCAGAUGGCAGCACCCCCUGACAUGCUGCUGGUCGACUUCUACCCACGCGAGUCCCACCUCAUCACCUUCCAAGACCCCUCGAGCUUCCUCGUGUUGUACAACCCCACCUGCAACGACCUCGUGGCACGCCACUUGCGGACAUUGGCGUCAAAGAUCGCCUCGAUUUGUAUCACUUUGCAGGAGCUGCCCAAGAUCCGGUACUACCAGCCGCCCGAGCACGCCAGGCAUGAAGCGAGGGUCUUGUGCCUACAUCUGGCCCGCUUCGUCCAGCAGGAGCUAGACGGCUAUCAACAGUGGGACCGCAACUUUCCCCCUCCGUCACAGCGGCCCCAGUCUGUCUUGCUCAUCACGGACAGGUCAAUGGACCUGAUGGCCCCGCUGCUACACGAGUUCACCUACCAGGCCAUGGCUCACGACCUGCUCCCAAUAAAAGACCGGGAAGAUGGCAAGAUGACCUUCCGCAUGGCUGCUGAUGAGAACACGCCCGACGCGCAAGAAAAGGACAUGGAGCUUGCGGAGAAAGACCCCGUCUGGGUUAGCAACCGGCAUCGCCACAUGAAGGACACCAUUGACAAGCUCAUGAGUGACUUCCAGAAGUUCAUUGACCAGAACCCCCAGCUUGCGGGAAAGAAUGCUAACGCCACAACCCUCCACGACAUCAGGGAUAUGCUGGCGGGGUUGCCACAAUUCCAGGAGAUGAAGCAGGCAUAUGCUCUUCACCUCACCAUGGCGCAGGAAGCCAUGAACAUCUUCCAAAAGUACAAGCUCGCAGACAUUGCCUCAGUAGAACAAACCUUGGCCACGGGCCUCGAUGAGGACUACAAGAAACCCAAGAACAUCCUCGAUCAGAUUGUCCGCCUGUUGGAUGACCCAGCGGUCGCACCGGCGGACAGGUUGCGUCUUAUCGCCAUCUAUGCCCUCUAUCGGGACGGCAUGAUUGACAAAGAUAUCACUCGCCUUCUUUGGCACGCAUCAUUGCAACGGUCGCGUGACAGCCAGGACCAAGCAGUCAUUGAAAACCUCGACCUUCUCGGCGCCCGCCCCCUGAAGGAGUUCAAAGAGCCCCGCCAACCCGCCCCUCCGCUCUUCCCGCUCAACCCCAAAACUGCAGUUCCCGACGAAGAAUACGCCCUCUCUCGCUUCGAGCCGGCCGUCAAGCACAUGCUUGAGCGCGCCUGCGCCGGCGAUCUCGACCCCGCCCUCUUCCCCUACAUUGUCCCCCCCGCAGACGCGGGCGCCGAGUCGCUCACGCACCAGGCCUCCCUCCGCUCGGCCGCUCCGCGCUGGGCUUCGGCCAACCGUCGCCAGGCCGAGAACCGCCAACGCAUCAUCGUCUUUGUCGCCGGCGGCGCCACCUACUCCGAGGCCCGCGCAUGCUACGAGGUGUCUGAGAAGCACAACCGCGACGUCUUCCUCGCCACGAGCCACAUGCUCACCCCGGCCCGCUUCAUCGCCGACCUGCGCGUCCUCAAGACUGACCGAAGCCGCCUCGAUCUGCCCAUGGACCGCCCCCCGCCGAGGGCCCCCGCCCACCUGUUUGAGCGGCCCGCCCCGCCGCUGAUCCAGCAACAACCGAAACAAGCUCAACAGCAGCUGCCGCCCCAGGUUGCCACGGGCAUGGCCCGCCAGAUGCCGCCCGGCGGUGCCCGGGCCCCGACCAAGGCGCUCGCUGGCAUGACGCUGAGUAGUGGAGCUGCCUCGUCCCCGUCCUUGCCUAGUUCCGAGGGGUCGGGGAAGAAGGAUAAAGAGAAGAAGAAGAGGAAUAUCUUUGGGAUUAAGAAGUAA